AUGAUGAAUGAACACGAUGUCAAACCUGGUGCCAAGCCCGGUAUUAGACCUGGUACCAAACGAGCCGGUGCCAAGCCCGGUGUCAAUUCCGGAGCCAAGCCUGGUAUUAGCCCCAAACAAGCCGGUGUCAAACCCGGUAUUAACCCCGGUGCUAAGCCCGGUAUUAGCCCUGGCGCCGAGCCCGGUGCUAAGCCCGGUAUUAGCCCUGGUGCCGAGCCCGGUGCUAAGCCCGGUAUUAGCCCCAGCGCCAAACAAACCGGUGCUAAGCCCGGUAUUAGCCCCAGCACCAAACAAACCAGUGCUAAGCCCGGUAUUAGCCCCAGUGCCAAACCACCCGCGCCACGCCCGGCGCCGAGCCCGGCUCAUCUCGGCAGCGCAGCCGCUCCGCUCCCGCUCUCAGCCCGGGACACCGGCAGGAAGCGGAGCCGCCGCGGCCCCGGGGGAGACGGAACCGGGGAGGACCCCGGGCGGAACCGAGGCGGAACCGAGGCGGAACCGAGGAGGAACCGGGGCGGAACCGAGGCGGACCCGAGGCGGACCCGAGGCGGAACCGGGGCGGACCCGAAGAGGAACCGGGGCGGAACCGAGACGGAACCGGGGCGGACCCGGUCCGGCGCCGGCGGCGCGGCCAUGGCCGAGCUCCGCGCCGAAGCCUCGUGCCCGCUGUGCCUCGGGCUCUUCCAGGAGCCCGUGUCCAUCCACUGCGGGCACAACUUCUGCCGGGCGUGCAUCGAGCGCUGCUGGCGGAGCUGCCGGGACAGCUUCGCGUGCCCGCGCUGCCGGGAGGCGGCCCCGGAGCGCAGCCUGAGACCCAACGCGGAGCUGGCCGGCAUCAUCCGCAUCGCGCAGCGCCUCAGCCUCCGCGGCCGGGCCCGCGACGGGGAGCGGCUCUGCCCGAAGCACGGCGAGGCCCUGAAGCUGUUCUGCGAGGAGGAGCAGAGCCCGGUGUGCCGCGAGUGCCGCCGCUCCCCGGAGCACCGGCUGCACGCCGCCGUGCCCAUCGAGGAGGCGGCGGAGGAGCACAAGGAGAAAUUCCAGGCUCACGUGCAGAUCCUCAGGGCCCGGAGAGAGAAGAUGCUGGGGCAGAAGGCGGCGGAGGAAGGGAAGAGCUCGGAGCUGCUGGAGCGGGUGGCGGCGGAGCGGCGGCGGCUCCGGUGCCGGGUGCGGGAGCUGCAGCAGCUCCUGGAGGGGCAGGAGCGGCUCCUCCUGGCGCGGCUGGCGCAGCUGGAGCGGGACAUCGAGCGCCGGCGGGAGGAGAGCGUCGGGCGCCUCUCGGAGCGCAUCUCCUCCGUGGGACGGCAGAUCCAGGAGCUGGAGGAAAAGUGCCGGCAGCCGCCCUGGGAGCUGCUGCAGGACAGCCGAGACAUCCUGAGCAGGCUGGAGGAGCAGAGCGCCCCAGAGCCGGUGGAGACCUCAGCAGAGCUGGCAGAGGAACCCACAGGGCUGCCCCAGGAAAAUGCCCCCCUCAAGGAGAUGCUGAAGAAAUUCCAAGUCAGCCUGACGCUGGACCCCGACACCGCCCAUCCCCGCCUGGCCCUGUCCGAGGAUGGGCGAUGCGUCCGCUGGGACGACGCCCGCAGAUCCGUGCCCGAGCACCCCAAACGCUUCGACUCGUCCCGCUGCGUGCUGGCCCGCGAGGGCUUCACCUGCGGCCGCCACUACUGGGAGGUGCAGGUGUGCCAGGGCUCGGCCUGGGCCCUCGGCGUGGCCAAGGCCUCCGUGGCCAGGAAGGGCCGGGUCAGCGUCAAGCCCGAGCGGGGGAUCUGGGCCGUGGGGCAGUGUGGCAGCCAGUGCCAGGCUCUGACGUCCCCCAGUGUCCCCAUCGCCCUCCCUGAGGCCCCCGAGGUGGUCGGGGUCUACCUGGACUAUGAGGGCGGGCGCGUGGCGUUUUUCGAUGUGCACAGGGAGGUGCCGAUGUUCGCGUACCCCGCGGCGAGGUUUGGGGGCGAGGAGCUGCUGCCCCUGCUGUGCCUGGGCAGGGGGUGCUGCUUCAGGCUGAGCCCCUGA